GGCGCAUUCCUCCUCGACCCUUGCCCGUCUCCCUCCUUCCCUGUCAUCUCCCCCGGCUUCGACUUCGACCCCGCGACGCCUUUAGCAGCAAGUGGGGCGGCGGCCGUCGCCGAGAUGAGCACCUCCCCGAUCACCGGUGCCGAUCUCUCGCGAAACCUCCCCCUCCCCGUGCUCUGGUAGACAGAGAUCCGGGCUCUCCUCGGCUCUAGAUACUUUACGAUGAUGAACACUUCAUGUUGCAACUGUCCGCCAUUCCAACUCAAUUGAAUGAGAAGUCAAAUCCAUUUUCAGGAUUGCUGUAUUUGAUGCAUUAAAAUAACUCAUUUUGUUGUGUCGGUGCAUUUACAAGUAGAGUAGAGGUUUGUUUUGUGAGGGCAUCAUGUGGAGUUUUGCAUCAAAUGCCAUAGCUGGAAGCUUAAAGAAAAAGGCGCAGCCUUCAAAAUGCAGCACAUCCAAUCCAGACUGUUCUGAUGAUGAGGUUUCUUCAUGUACAAGCAGAGAGGAAGGCCUUGAUUGUCCAAUAUGCUGGGAAUCCUUCAACCUUGUGGAGAAUGUUCCCUAUGUCUUGUGGUGUGGCCACACAAUGUGCAAGAACUGUAUCCUUGGUCUUCACUGGGCUGUUGUCAAGUUUCCUUCCCUUCCUAUCCAGCUGCCACUGUUCAUCUCAUGCCCCUGGUGCAAUCUGUUGUCUUUCCGGCUGGUGUACAAAGGCAACCUCAGGUUCCCACGCAAGAAUUACUUUCUGCUCUGGAUGGUUGAGAGCAUGAAUGGUGAGAGAGCAAAAUUCCAUUCCACUAAUCACAAUGAACAUCAUUCCUCAUGGCAUUCCAGUGCUGGCCCAAGUUCCAGUCAUCACCACCAAAGAAAUGCUGUUAUCCGAGCAGAGAGCUCUUCUGCUGGAGAUACGAACUUCAUCCAUAACAUUUUCCACACUGACAACAUCGGUGCGUCUCUCCAAAAGCUCAUGGUGUGCUUCAUGCAGCUGACAGCCAAGUUUCCACUUGUGAUAAUCUUCCUGCUGAUAGCCCUUUAUGCUGUCCCCGCGAGUGCUGCUGUUCUGGUGCUGUAUGUCCUUGUGACAUUUUUGUUUGCGCUGCCAUCGUUUUUUAUCCUCUACUUCGCUUAUCCCAGCUUGGACUGGCUUGUCAGAGAGAUCUUCGCUUAAUUUCAACAGCACAGUUCAUAAUCAUAGCUCCCUGGUACAUGAUAUAUCAUAUAUGGUAUUCCAUGGCCACCUGCCUUCUGGGCACUGUAUAGUCUUUUCUGAUUUCAUGUCCUUUCUUUUCUUGCCUUAUGUGUCCCCUUAUUCUGAUGUAACUAUCUAUUUAUUAAAAAUGAUCGGCAACAUUUUUAUUUGUGGUUCUAGAUGUGUUUGUUC